AUGGCGGCUACUGGAAGUCGACAGUGGGGUGUCACGCCCCCAAUCUCGACUGUCCUGCCGACGCAGGAUGAGUUGGUUGCAAAUGACGAUCUCAUCGCCGAGCUCAAGGCCCAGAACAACUUCGAGCCGCCCUCGGACUCAGAGCGGAGAAUUCAAAUGCUUCAGUUACUUCAACGGGUCGCCCUAGAGUUUGUCAAGACUGUUUCUCGAAAGAAGGGCCUGUCGCCUGCGGCCGUGGAAGCUUCCGGAGGCAAGAUCUUUACGUUUGGUGGUUACCGACUCGGUGUUUACGGUCCUGGAUCCGAUAUCGAUACCCUGAUUGUCGGCCCAAAGCACGUAUGCGGCGAGGACUUUUUUGCCGACUUCCCUCCCCUCCUACAACAAAUGGCACCUGCGGGCGUGGUGGAAAAGAUGACUCCCGUCCCAGAUGCCUUUGUACCUAUCAUCAAGAUGGAGCUCGCUGGUAUUAGCAUUGAUUUGCUUUUUGCUCGUCUGGUUAUCCCAUCUGUGCCCAUGAACCUAGACUUGAAGAAUAACGAUUACUUGCGAGGGCUGGAUGAGAAGGAGGUCCGCUCCCUGAACGGGACUCGAGUUGCAGAUGAAAUUCUGGAGCUUGUCCCUCAGCAGAAGACCUUCCGUAUUGCCCUGCGGGCAAUCAAACUCUGGGCCCAGCGUCGAGCGAUCUACGCUAAUAUUGUUGGGUUCCCUGGAGGUAUCGCCUGGGCGAUGCUGGUAGCACGAGUUUGCCAACUUUACCCAGCCGCCUCGGGAUCAGUCAUCGUGGGCAAGUUCUUCAGAAUCAUGAACAAAUGGGCAUGGCCCCAGCCCGUCCUUUUGAAGCAGAUUGAAGAAGGUCCCCUCCAGAUGAAAGUCUGGAAUCCUAAGAUCUACCACGGUGAUAGAUUCCAUUUGAUGCCGAUUAUCACUCCUGCCUAUCCUUCCAUGUGUGCAACCCACAACAUUUCCAUGUCAACCAAGACUGUGAUUCUUCGGGAACUUCAGAGAGGUGGAGACGUCGUGGACAAGAUCUUCACCAAGCAACUAUCCUGGAGCGACCUCUUUACACGCCAUACCUUCUUCACUCAAGACUACAAGUACUAUCUCAGUAUCACGGCUUCGAGCAAGACCAAAGAAGACGAGGCCGUUUGGUCUGGUCUUGUAGAAUCCAAGUUGCGUCACCUUGUUGGAGCUCUAGAUCGCAAGCCGAUCAUUUCAGUGGCUCAUCCCUUCCCUAAGGGAUUUGAAAGAAUUCAUGUCAUCAGUAAUGCUGAAGAAAUGGAGGCGGUAAAGAACGGAUCAACAAAGUACCAGGCUAAGGGUACCACGACAGAGACCACCGACGAAACGAAGGACCCAGCCCAUGAAGCCGCGGCACAAAAUGGAAUGGAAAAUGCAGCCGUCCCAGUGCCCACUGAGCACUCUGAGCAGAAGACUGAAGGUGGUAGUAAUACUGUGUAUACUACUACCUACUAUAUCGGCUUAGAGCUCAAGCCCUUGGAACCAGGCACCUCGCGGUCUUUGGAUAUCUCCACAGACUCGCAAAUCUUCAAGUCAACGUGCACAUCUUGGACGGGGUACAUUCCCGAAAUUCACGAUUUGGCGGUCACCCACGUUCGCAACUUUGACUUGCCCGAGGAUGUCUUCCAACCCGGCGAAUCCCGUCCGUCCCGACCGAAGAAGAAGGUGAUCAGGAAGACCGAAUCGACCGGUCAGAAACGGAGACACGUCGAGAUGCACGAUUCUUCGAUGGAUGCCUCUCAGGGAGCAGCUAAGCGCCAGGUCACCCCGAACACGGUAUCCAACACUGCGACACCUGCUUAA